AUGAGGAAAGCAGAUCAGCAACCUCUUUACGAGCAGGCCAAGCUGAAACGAUUAUCUUGCAUUGAAGGUACAUUCAACAGCAAUGUAAAUGGCAAUCAAAUCUACACGUGCCAAUGGCCCCCGGUCCAGAGUCCGAGAGCAUUAGUCUUUAUCGCACAUGGUUUUGGCGAGCAUAUUGGAAGAUACGCGAGACAUGUAGAAAGAUUCACAUCUCGGGGAAUCAUGGUCAUGGGAAACGAUCAUCAGGGUCAUGGAAGAAGUAAAGGUGAUCGAGGGGAUAUCGCACUCUUCAGCACAUAUGCGAAAGACCUCGUACAGUUCAUUGAGACGACGGUGUCCACGCAUAAGGAUACGCCGGUGUUUAUUUGGGGAGUGGGAAUGGGUGGGGCUAUUGCCAUCAACAUAGCAAGGUUCCAGUUGUUUGAUGUCCGCGGCUGUUUAUUCUGCGGGCCACUGGUAAUGCCAGACCCUAGGGCCUCGACAUACUUUAAAAGGUAUUAA